GGCUCUACUCAACUCUACUGAUCGCUAUGGUGACGUAAAGGAUUGUGCUGAUACACAAUCAAAUAUGGACGGAGAUCGUUGCUUAGCAACCAUUUGAAAGAUACAAACAAAAUAAAAACAUUACAAAUGCAUGCACAUGCUAAUUUUCAUAUUUUAGGAUAUUUUCUGCAUAAAUGAUAAAUGAAUUCCUUAAACACAAAGCAAUAUACGGUGAUUGUGAUCCUGCAAUAUGUUAUAUUGUUUUUUGACAUUUGUGUAAAUUCAUUCGCAAGUUUUGCAAGACAGCAUCCGACAGAUUUGCUGGUACUUUAUAUUAUCCAAGAUUUUUGCCUUAUCGCAGCCCUUACUCUUCUCUUGGUGAACUUCUUUUCUACCUAUAUUUUCCAGGCAGGUUUGAUACAACUGUUAUAUACAAGAUUCCGCAUGACAUUGGUAUUGUGUAUAAUAUAUAUGAUAUUAUCAAUCAGUUUGCAUACAUGGCAUAUUACGAUACAUUGGUCAGCGCCGUUAAAACAUUAUUGGACAAAAGGAUUUCAUAUUCUUUAUUCUAUACACAGAACAGUUGCAGUGUUGUACUAUUACUUCUAUAAAAGAGCCUCCCUGAGAAUUGGUGAUCCAAGAUUUUACAAAGGCUCUGUUUGGGUACAAAAACAAUUAAGUAUAGCAUAACUAUGUAAAUAAAAAUUUUUUAAUUAUAAUUGUAUGUAAUCGUAAUAAUACAAAUGUAAGAAUACAUCUGUUUAUAUUUUCAAAUUUA